AUGUGGCUGCCUGCCUGGGUCCUCCGGGUUCCGCUGAAGGGCUCGUCCCGGCCUGCUGAGAGAGGAGCCGCGUCAGGCUACUCGCUGCUCAUCCAAAACAUCACCCCAAGCAGACGGUGCAGACCCGGUUUUGCUGAAGACCAGUUCCCCCGCUGCGCUGAAACCUCCCGUUGUACCCCGGAUCAGUCCACCAUGGCCCUGAGAAGACGUCCGGCACGCUACUUGAACAGGAACAGAGAGUUUGUAGAGCCGAAAGACAGGUACCAGGUCUCAAUUUGGGUUCAGUCGGCCGCACUUGUCACGUCUGAACCGGAUUACUGCAACGUUAAACUUCCGCUUCUCUGA